AUGGCUGGCCUAAAGUCCCAGGUCCGGAAUUAUCGGUCCAUACCGAACAACACGAACGCUUUCUGGUUCUUGGAUCCAUGUCUUCGGAUCAACAUGAUUCACUGUUUGGGCUGCUGUUUCACACUAUUCUUCAAUGGCUAUGAUGGAAGCUUGUUGAACGGACUCCAAAGCAUAGAUCGAUGGCACGAAUACUUCGAUAACCCCAGUGCUACCACACUGGGCCUAAUGAACUCGGCCGGAUUUCUUCCAGGUAUUGUGGCGGGCUUCUGUGGCGACAGACUGGCUCAAACGUUUGGCAAGCGCUUGACGCUCUGGAUCGGGACGUGUAUCGCCAUCGUUGGGAUCAUUCUCAUGUCCGUAUCUACCACCACCGGCAUGUUCUGCGGAGGGCGCACUAUCCUCGGCUUUGGAACUCCUUUGGCCGUCACUUGGCUGGUCAAAGAAGGUAGAUCCACACAAGCCCGCGCGGUUCUCGUAAAGUAUCAUGCGAAUGGAAAGGAAGACGACGAGUUGGUAGACUACGAGUUCCGCGAAAUCGUGGACGCAAUGAAGUUGGAGGAUCUCAACAAGCAGACAACAUAUCUCGCCUUCUUCGAGACUCCAGGAAAUCGACAUCGACUAAUGAUCCUAAUUGUGGUUGGUGCAAGUCUCAACUGGGUUGGCAAUGGGAUCAUCUCCUACUACUUGAGCCCCAUCCUCAAUGGGAUUGGUGUCACUGAUACCCGUUCUCAACUUCUCAUUCUCGUCGGCCUCAAUAUUUGGAAUUUGAUUUGGUCAACUUCUGCUGCCAUCAACGUUGACAGGAUUGGCCGCAGACCUCUUUGGCUGACAGCCACCAGCGGACAGUUAGUCACCAUGGCCGUGAUCAUGGGGCUAUCCGCUGGUUACACAAAGUAUGAUAUCAAGGCCGCAGGAACCGCCGUCAUCCCCUUCUUGUUCCUCUUUUAUGCGUCCUACGACAUUGCCUAUACGCCUAUGUCAUAUGGUUACCCAACUGAGAUCUUGACGUACAGCCUUCGAACCAAAGGGCUGGCCAUUUACAUUGUGACCGUUGCCAUAGCUGUAUCGUUGAACACCUGGAUUAACCCGAUUGCACUCGAUGCGUUAGGCUGGAAAUACUACGCGAUCUACAUCGUAAUCAAUGCGGCUCUACUCGCCAUUCAAUACUUCAAGUUUCCAGAGACAAAAGACCGCACCAUAGAGGAGAUAGCGACGAUUUUUGAUGGCACACAUGCUACCGCGGUCGUAUACGGUCAGGGUGGGGGCAUGGAAAGGGAUGUUCGGAGCGUUAGAGAAGACCCCGAGGCUAAAAGCAUGUAA